AUGUCGGACCUUCCGCCCAACGUCCACGUCUCGCAGCAUCCGUGCUUACUAGCCAAGCUGAGCCAGCUGCGGUCACAAUACACCCCUCCGAGAGACGUCAAGGGGUUGAUCCACGAUAUUUCCCUAAUCGUAGCCUGCGAGGCGUUUGCCAAAGGACUCACCAGUCGUCCAGGAUCAACUGACCAAACUCCCCUCGGCUUCGACUUCCAAACCCACCAACUCCUCCCCGCCACCGUCUCCCUGAUCCCCAUCCUCCGCUCCGGCCUGGGCAUGGUUGAAGCGAUCCAAACCCUGCUCCCGCACCCAGUCCCCGUCCACCACCUCGGCCUCUACCGCGAGCCGGCGACGCUGCACCCCGUCGAGUACUACAACAACCUGCCCAACCACCUGGCCAGCGGCGGCGGCACCGCGGGGGGCAGCGCGUCCGAGCUGGCCAUCAUCCUCGACCCGGUCAUCGCUACGGGCGGGACCUGCGCGGCGGCCAUCCAGACGCUGCGCGAGUGGGGCGCCCAGCGCAUCAUCGUGCUGUCCGUGCUCGGCGCCGCGUCCGGCGUGAAGGCGGCGGCCGCCGAGUGGCCGGCGGGUGUGGAGAUUUGGCUGGCCGGGGUGGAUGAAGAGUUGACUGAUCGUGGGAUGCUCAAGCCUGGUCUGGGAGAUGUGGGGGAUAGGCUGUUUUUGACUAUUGGGAAGUGA